AUGGCAAUGAAAAUCUUCACGGCUUUCUUGUUGGUAGGCCUCAUUUCAGGCGCUCCUACUUCUGUAGAAGACGAUGAGAAAAUAACAAUAACAAAAGAAUAUUUUCUACGGAACUUCCUUAAAUACGAAGGAAGCCAUGACAUUAUAAGCGUAGUUGUACCCUUAAAUUCACUUAAUUUUGACGAAAACAAAUCUAGCGAAUCCAAUUCUAAUGAAGACGAAAGUAAUGUUACAGUGUUUUUCGUUGAAGCAGAUAUUGAUGAGGCUGGAAAACCUACGUAUCAGGGUUUGUAUACCUUGAAAAAUGGACAAGUCAAGAAGAUUUUAGAAAAUGGAAGAGAUGCAGCUUCCUCUGGCGACAAUAGCAGAACUGUAUACUUAGCAGCUAGUGAUGGUAUCUACACAUACAAAGAGAAUGAGCAAAUAGCUGUAAAAUAUGGUUCUUUAACUGACAGCAUCAUUGGUAUUGCACACAUAGCAGAGGGUAAUACUUUAUACAUUUUGACUGAUGAUCAUACAGUUUAUGAAGUCCAAAAUAAUGGUAAUGAUAAAAGUAAACUUGAAGAUAUAUUUGAUGCGCAACAGAUAGUAUUAGAUUACUCAAAUAAUCUUUACUUCUUUACUCCGGAUAAGAAGGUUUAUGUAAAGACCACAGAAGGCAUAAAAGACAUAGUGGGUUUGCCAGAAAAUUCUACAAAAAUAACUCUCAUAAAACCACCAUUUAUUCUAGAAGAUGGCAUUCCUGUUCUGGUUGAUAAUGUUGCUUACAUUGUUUACUCAAACGGUACCAGUGAAAAUUCUGACUUUGAUUUCGAACUUGAUGCUAUCCCGUCAGCAUUUGGCAUGGAAGCUGCUUUAAUUCAAUACUAUGCUUAUGACAAGAAAAUAUACGAAUACAAUAUUUUAGUUUUAGCCCUUGGUGAGAUUUUAGAUGAAUUGAAAGACUUUUUUAGCAAUAAAACUAGCGACAUACAGAGUUUAGCUGCAAACAGGAGAGCAAGUCUACGAAGUAAGUGA